UGAAAUACUAAUACUUUAUUUAUUUGACGAAUUACUAAACAGGUCCGUAAUCUUUAUUAUUAUUUCAUUUUCUUUAUAAUAUAAUGAAAUAAAUUAUACGUGUACUAAUACGAAAAGCUUUUUAGUAUUUCGUAUUAGUCUUUGCAUAAUGCCAUUUUUGUAUCCGACAUAGAUAUUGCGUAAUCUAUGUCGGAUGCACAAAUGGCGUCAUACGAAAUUAAUUUAUUUUGACAAUGUAAAGAAAAAAAUUCACACGAUUUCUUGUUUUUGUGAUCAUAAUUUAAUGUAAUUAGAGCGAAAGAGGAUGUAAGAGGGAAAAAUUUAAUUUUCUGUUCAUACUUAAUAGAAUGUACGCUGAGAUCAUAUUAGACUUUUUUUAAUUACGUAUAUAUAUCAACGAAAAAAAAUUUGAAGAAUAAUUAGUUUAACGACCAACAGUAAAAAAAAAUUGAUUAAAGAAAACUCAUUAAACAUACCUGAAUUAAAUAAGUCGUACUUAAUUUAUUUUUCAACAACUUAAUUUUUAUAUAUAAAAAAUUACUUUUUAUUGAGUUUUUAAAAAUAAAUUAAGUGAUCCUUAUUUAGCCUAGAUAUCUUGAUUACCAGAUGUAUAUUAUAUCACGCAAAAAGUGAUAUUUAACCAUCAAUUGUAGCUCGCACGAAAUCGAUAUUUAUAUGAACUGAGAGCGUCAUAAACUGCUUCUUUUAUAUGGAAGAUAGUGCGUAUGUCUCAAUUAUUCGAUCGAGAGCAUGUGCAUGUAUUAUUGUGAGGAAAUCGAUUCACGAAACAUAUAUAUCACGCGUGUAAACAGUUCUCGCUGUUUUCCUUCGUUACUCAUAUCUCAUUUAUUAGUGUAUUUCUCAUAACUUUGCGGGAACAAGCCGCAUCCUUGAAUAUUUUAUUAAUCAUAACGUCACCAACUUGCUUCCGCGCGACCGCUUAUCUCGUUCCAUCUCAGAGCACAAAUAAAACUAAUACAACUCAAAUACGUACUGAUCAAAGGAUUGUAAACUGCUGUUUAGGCAAGUUUAAAGUAACGAUCGUAACACGAGAUACAAUAAAUUCGGACGAUCUUAAGCCAUUAAUCAAAUUACUAUUACGUUGAAAUUCAUAAACAAGUCUAUUUUUCUUUACUCAAAUAUCUUUAUUGAGCAAACAUUCUGUAUGAUAAAUGCAUUAUGAUCAUUAAACUCUGGAUAAAAGACACGAAAUAAUUUAUUUUAUCAUUAUUCAAUGAUUGAUUAGAGUAAGUAAUAAAUUAAUUGAUUUUACUUAUUUGAUUGAUUUAAUCACUGUGAAUUAUUUACAAGAAUUUAAAAUUUUUAAGAAUAAAAGUUUGAAAGAAAGAUUUCGAAAAGUUAUAAAUUUUAAUUAUGAUAACAGAAUCACAUUUAUUAAUUUAAGUCUUUGCUUGUUGAAAUAAUUAAUUUCGCAAGGAACAAUUUGAAGGAACUCAGAACACCUUUACGUAAAAAAAAACAAUGGGAUAACAAUCGAUAUGAUCCAAUCAGUACGAACGGUACACGUGCAUUUUACUCUUAGCAAAACUGCGCGUAAGUGGUAUAGCCGACUAUCUGAUCGGACAUGCGUCGCGCAGCUCCGCACAUAAUCUCGAUUCAAGCCUUUGCUCACUAGUGCACGUGUGGCACUCGUGUGGCGGAUUCAGACACGACUGUCGCUAGGACUUACCUGUUUCUUACCCGUCGUCUUUCUUCGGAUGGCAUUCGCGGCAACGAGAAUCACGAAGAGCAAGAUUUCAUGAUAUCAGGAUUCCUGCGAAAUGAGCAGAUCAUUAAACAUCAGCAGUGGCAUGACGUUGAAGACAAAGCAGAUAUUUCAUACUAAGAAGAAGCGUAAAAGGAACAACGUAACCUGGCAAAAUAUUUUGCCGUUCUUAAUGCGCCACAGGAAGGAUAAAGUAAGGGUAAUUGAAACUCAAUUUUUGGACUCUUACCCUCCAGCUCCGCCAAGGACACGUCCAUUCCAAAACGAUUUUGUCAACGAGCAAACUUUACUCAUGAGCAACAAUGAUCCAGAAAGCUUCCACUGUGCAAUAGGAUCAAUUUUAGUGUUGGCUCAAUUGUUCGGGAUUCUACCGGUCUCAGGAAUAUGCAGUCCGAGCCCGCUACAGUUGAAGUUUGUGAAAUUUUCGUUUCGCACUAUCUACACUAUUUUCAUAAGCGUGCUAGUGCUAAUUAUGGCGAUAUUGUCGGUGGUGCACAUGAUAAAAACACUAAACUCCGUAACUUUCGAAGUCAAAGGAGGAGUCGGGGCUGCCACGGCAGGCGCGAUGUUUUAUUCAAACUGCCUAAUAAGCACGUUAAUAUUUUUCCGGCUGUCGCCGCGUUGGACAACUCUGCAACGCGAUUGGAGAUCUAUGGAGCAAUUCAUAGACAG